AUGGAGCCGUCACGCUUCACACCCUUCGGCAAGAAGACGCCUACGCUCACGCCCGGCAUCUCGAACACAUCCGUUGGGAACGAGAACACACCUAACACAAACGACAACAUGACGUCGCCUACUACACCUCCUACUUCAAGAAUCGCGUCUACUGGCGUCGCGCCAACGACCCCUUUCACGACGAACACGAACAGCCAGAGGAAUCUGAAUGGAAGCAGUUCAAAGAAACGGUCGAUCAGCCAAUUCUUCAGUGACGUACCCAAGACCACCGCAUUCAAUUCAAGCGAGAUGGCAACACCGAACAGAAGGCCCGGUCCUCCGCCCCGUCGUAUCACCAAAGUCGAGAAAACGCCCGGCAGAGUUCGCCCGCAGCCCCCCAGCCUGAACAAGAGUAUGGAAUCGAAGGAUUCACAAACCGAGCCUGAGGUUCCGGCACGUCGCCCGGUUUUUCCCUUUUCGACCCACCAGAACACGCUUCGCCAGAACACCUCGUCGAGGUCGUUUCAUUACUUCGGGGAGCCGACGCAGAUAGUUCCGCCCAGUGAGAGGAAGAACUUGUUUGGACAGAGGCUACCACCCCUACCGCCACAAGCACAGUCAGAGCCAGUGCCUCCUACCCCGAUGGCUAGUGCAUCGUUUCCUACUGGACUCGUGAACCCUCCGAAUACCGCGUCUCAGCUUAGAGAUAUCAAGAGUUUCUCCGGCGUUAGCGUUGCGCCGUCUACACCUAGCGCGGCCAGGCAAUUGCCCCCUCUGUUACCUAAAUCUGACUUCGCUUCUAAGUUGAGGAGCAAGAUUGUGACAGCCGGCAAGAAGAUACCACGAACGUUUCACAAGAUCAACGAGCGUAUGGCAGAGCGCGAGGCCACCAGGAAACUCGAGAUAGCUAAGGCUAAGCAGACGCGUGGAAAUCCUCUCGAGAGUGUGGAGAAAGCCCGGACCAUGCUGGAAGAAAUUAAGGCAGAGAGAGAAGAAGAGGCUCGCAUGGACUACUAUCGUGCCAAGCGUUUGAAGGAAGCAGAAGAAGCGGGGGAGGAGACGCGCAACCGGGAUCGCUACACGCAGGGCUUAGCGCCGUCCUCUUUCGUGGAGGAGUCGACUGAGGCAGAUGAAUCCGAUAUAUCCGAAUUUGACACUGGCUCCGAGGACGAGGGGUCUUUGAACGAGCAGCCGGAGGAAGCGCCGCCGUUUAAUUGGGCAUCUGCUUCGUACGCCCCAAGCGCCACCCCUGCCAAACAAUCGACUUCGUCCAGAGGCCCGAAAUCACCUGAAGUCAUCAACCUUAUUAGCGAUUCGGAAGAUGCUGACGACGAGCCUGCUGAAAAAGCACCCACCAUCAAGAAGAAAGUCUCGUUUUCUACGAACUCGGACGAAGACGAUGAUACGACUCAGCGCAUGGAGGAGGGUAUCUUGCCGCAUCGCGACUCGAGUCCAGUGGAGACUUCAGACGACGAAGACGAGGAGCUUGCUGAGAAAGCACCCACCAUCAAGAAGAAAGUCUCGUUUUCUACGAACUCGGACGAAGACGAUGAUAUGACUCAGCGCAUGGAAGAGGGUAUCUUGCCGCAUCGCGACUCGAGUCCAAUGGAGACUUCGGACGAUGACGAUGACGAAGAGUCUGCCGAGAAGGCACCCACCAACAAGAAGAAAGUCUCGUUUGCUGAAAACUGGGACCAAAAUGAUGAUACGACUCUGAGCAUGGAGGAGAGUGUGUUUCCGCGUCGCGACUCGAGUCCGGUGGAGCUUUCGGAAGAGGAAGAAUCCGACUCGUCCAGACUGGAGGACUCGCACAUUGACGAACCCGGCUCUUCUAGAGUGGAGCUCUCCUACAAUGCAGAAUUCGACUCCUCCAGAGUGGAUCUCUCCGACAAUGCAGAACUCGACUCGUCGAGAGUGGAGUCGGACGAUGACGAAUCGAACGUGUCCAGAGACUCUAUUCGCAGUGAAUCUUUCGACGUUGAGCCAGAAUCCUACAAUCAUGCGUCGGGUUGGCCUGGGUACGGUGAUGUUUCGGGUUCGCCUGUGUAUGAUGUUUCGGGUUACAGCGAUGACUCGGAAGACAACGAAACUUUACGGGAGGCGGAGGUAUACUUGCCUAGUAUGGGAUCGGAUAGUUCUCUCGCGUUCAAUAUGACGGAAGACGUUUCGGAAGACUUUUCGCAAGAAGAGGAUGAAGAAGAAUCACAUUAUGAUGAAGUCGAAUCGUCCAAUGAAGAGUCUCACAACGCGGAUACAAGACAAAUGCUUCCUCGGGAGUUUCUUUCGUAUUCGGAUGAGGAGGAUCUGGAGGAACCACCUGUCGCAUCGUCAACGCCGUUGCGUAAGGCGGUCCUUGAGAAGGAAUCUGCCACCGUUGUGGAAGCAUCCGUCACCGCUACAGAGGUAGAACCCGAGGAAGGAGACGCGACAAGGAGAUUGGAUCAGGACAACUCUGUCGGCCACUUCACUGCCCUGGAUCUUUCGCUGUUCGGGCCUGAUGGUACACUCGGUGGUGCCAACCAGAAUGAGGAAGAUGAAGAGUCUGCCAAGGCGGAUACAAGACAAAUGCUUCCACGGGAGUUUGUCUCUGAUUCGGAUGAGGAGGGCCACAAUCAGGAGAAGAGUCCGCAGCAGACGAUGCAAACGGAGACUACGAUGGACGCUCAGCCAUCCGAACAAUUAACUGAGGAAGAGCCCAAAGAGGCAAAUGAAGAAGAGUCCACCAGAAUGAAUAAUGACAACACUGCCGGUCACUUCACCGCCCUGGAUCUAUCGCUGUUUGGGCCUAAUGUCACAUUCGGUGGUUCCAACCAGGAGGAGAGCGACGAAAAGUUUCAUAACGAGAAUGACGAAGAGGCUCACGAGGAGGAUACAAGACAAAUGCUUCCACGGGAGUUUGUCUCUGAUUCGGAUGAGGAGGGCCACAAUCAGGAGAAGAGUCCGCAGCAGACGAUGCAAACGGAGACUACGAUGGACGCUCAGCCAUCCGAACAAUCAACUGAGGAAGAGCCCAAAGAGGCAAAUGAAGAAGAGUCCACCAGAAUGAAUAAGGACAACACUGAUGAGAAUGACGAAGAGUUUGAAAACGAGAAUGACGAAGAGGCUCACGAGGCGGAUACAAGACAAAUGCUUCCACGGGAGUUUGUCUCUGAUUCGGAUGAGGAGGGCCGCAAUCAGGAGAAGAGUCCACAGCAGACGAUGCGAAUGGAGACUACGAUGGACGCUCAGCCAUCUACGCAAUUAACUGAGGAACAGCCCAAAGCGGCGGUAGAAGACGAGUCGAUGAGAAUGAAUAAGGACAGCUCUCUCCGUCGCUUCAUCGCUUCCGUGGAUCAUAGACUGCUAGGACCCCACGUCACAUUCGGUGGUGACAACCCGGAGGAUCAAAAUGAAGCGUCUCACAAGGCGGAUACCAGACAAAUGCUUCCUCGUGAGUUUCUUUCGGAUUCGGAUGAGGGGGAUUUGGAGGAACCACCUGUCGCAUCGUCUACUCCGUUGCGUAAGGCGGUCCUUGAGAAGGAAUCUGCCACUGUUGUGGAAGCACCAGUCACCGCUAUAGAGGUAGAACUCGAGGAACCUCUUCGAUUCGACGAGGUAGAGGAAGGAGACCAGACAAGGAGAUUGGUUAAGGACAGCUCUCUCGGUCGUUUCAUCACUGCCCUGGAUAAUACGCUAUUUGGACCCGAUGUCACAACCGGUAGUGCCAACCCGGAGGAUCAAGAUGAAGAUUCUCACAAGGCGGAUACCAGACAAAUGCUUCCUCGGGAGUUUCUUUUGGAUGAGGAUGAGGAUCGCAGUCAUAAGAAGAGUACACAGCAGACGAUGGAAACGGAGACUACGGUGGACGCUCAGCCUUUCCAUGAAAAUACCGAUGAAGAGUAUAAUUCCGAAGAUGUUCGCACAGGAAGUUACUACGAGGACUUCGGCGACAUCGGCUCCAAUUUGUCUGAAGCCGAACAGAAGAGGGAGCAACAGAGAUUGGAGGAAGAUUUCGAAAAGGAAACGGCGGCAGAGCGGGUAUCCUCUUCGGGGACGGAGGAGGUGCCACAGCCGAAACAGACUCCGGUAGAUGAUGAGGAGCUUGUGGACUUUGAGGGCUCAACCAUGAUGUCGCUUCCGGGGUACAGGUACCAGGAGCGGUCGAGAGCGCCAAAGGCCCAGACCAGUAUGCCAAUGCUGGAGGAGGCGGAAGAAGAAGAAGGGGAGCACGAUAUGAGGGAGCUUUCUGAGUAUGGAGACGCAGCGACAUACGUGGAAUCCAAUUCCAGCUCAGAAUACGAAUAUGAGCCCGACUCAUUCGGAGAAGCUUCUAUCGCGGACGAUGAGGUCGACGAAGCCUCCAAGCAGAUGUUAAUGGAGAUGUGCCUGGCGAAGGAGGCUGCUCCCGGCGAACCUCAGGGUCCCACUGCUCCGGAAGCCGAUGGAGUGAUCGAAGAGACCGUCAAUGCUGUGGACUCUGUGACUACUGUCGAGACCGAGACUUGCGAGAUUACCGAGCGCGUCGACGAAGAUCCUACUGCUCCGGAAGCCGAUGGAGUGAUCGAAGAGACCGUCAAUGCUGUGGACUCUGUGACUACUGUCGAGACCGAGACUUGCGAGAUUACCGAGCGCGUCGACGAAGAUCCUACUGCUCCGGAAGCCAAUGGAGUGAUCGAAGAGACCGUCAAUGCUGUGGACUCUGUGGCUACUGUCGAGACCGAGACUUGCGAGAUUACCGAGCGCGUCGACGAAGAUCCUACUGCUCCGGAAGCCAAUGGAGUGAUCGAAGAGACCGUCAAUGCUGUGGACUCUGUGACUACUGUCGAGAACGAGACUUGCGAGAUUACCGAGCGCGUCGACGAAGAUCCUACUGCUCCGGAAGCCAAUGGAGUGAUCGAAGAGACCGUCAAUGCUGUGGACUCUGUGACUACUGUCGAGACCGAGACUUGCGAGAUUACCGAGCGCGUCGACGAAGAAGAGCGCGUCCACGAAGAGGAGCCCGUUAACAAAGAGGAGCCCGUGAACGAAGAGGAGACGGCCAAGGAAGAGGAGUGCAUCAACGAAGAGCAUGGCUCCAAUGAAGUUGAAACCAACGAGCCUGUCAAGGAGGCAACCGAGGUGGACACCGAGGAGAACGUCAAGGUUGACACUUCCGAGAUUGUCAGCAAGGGGCUCGCCACCCCGGAAACGUCCACCGCCGAGGCGGUGGACACUGACAUCUCGGUGAAGGAGGAGCCUUCCGAGGCCACAGGGGUCGCUAGCGCCCCUGUCUAUGAGGGCCGCGUUCUACGGAAUCGGUCCAUCACUCCCAUAACUGGGCCCCCCGUGGCGAAAAAGCGGGGGGCGAAGCGCAAUGUGCCCCCAGUUGAGGGGGAUCAUGUGGAGGAAGGGGCCCCUUCCCCGCCAAAGAAGGCCCGCGUUGGCCGCCCUCGCAAGAUGGCACCGGCGAAGGUCGAGCCACCGACCGAGGCCCGCAAUCUGCGGCCUCGGUCAACGACCCCGCUUGUGCCAGCGGCGGUUCCGGUGGCUGCGCCUGCCAAGAGGGUGGCCAAGCGCAAGGCGGCACUAGUGGCUGAUGGGCCCGCCGUCGAGCCCCGCAAUCUGCGGUCUCGCUCGACGACGCCGUUUGUCCCCGCUGGUGUUCCAGCGGCUGCGCCUGCCAAGAGGGCAGGCAAGCGCAAGGCUGCCGCGAUGGACGGUGAGCAGCCCGUGGCCGAGCCCCGCAAUCUGCGGUCUCGGUCCACGACACCGUUCGUCGCGGCUGGUGUUGCGGUUGCCGCCCCGGCCAAGACGCCCACCAAGCGCAAGGCUCCGGCCAAGCGUACAACCAAGGCCUCCUCGGUGGCGGAAGCCGAGGAGGCCGCGGUUGAGGGGGGUGAGGAGGAGGAGAAGCCCCUCCCGAUGGCCAAGGGGCGGCCGCGCAAGGCUCCGGCCAAGCGCGCGCUCAAGGCCUCCUCGGUGACGGAAGCCGAGGAGGCCGCGGUCUCGGGAGGGGAGGAGGAGGAGAGGACGACUGCGACGCCUGCAAAGGCUCGCAAGGUACUCCACGCUUGGAACCAGACCCACCUGCCCGGCCGAGCUGAGUUUCUGCCCAGCACUCGGCCCUACACAUCAACCGCACCCAUCAUAGGUAAAUACCGCACCGACGCCGGCCCGCCGAAGCAUCAGUCCGAGACCCUGAGACGCACUGUUGUCGUGGUCGAGUGA